AAGAUCAGGUGGAGGAGCCACACUGGUACUAGAGGAUCAGGUGGAGGAGCCACACUGGUACUCGAGGAUCAGUGGAGGAGCCACACGGGUACUCGAGGAUCAGGUGGAGGAGCCACACUGGUACUAGAGGAUCAGGUGGAGGAGCCACACUGGUACUCGAGGAUCAGGUGGAGGAGCCACACUGGUACUAGAGGAUCAGGUGGAGGAGCCACACUGGUACUCGAGGGUCAGGUGGAGGAGCCACACUGGUACUCGAGGGUCAGCUGGAGGAGUCACACUGGUACUAGAGGAUCAGGUGGAGACACACUGGUACUCGAGGGUCAGGUGGAGGAGCCACACUGGUACUCGAGGAUCAGGUGGAGGAGCCACACUGGUACUCGAGGAUCAGGUGGAGGAGUCACACUGGUACUCAAGGAUCAGGUGGAGGAGCCACACUGGUACUCGAGGACCAGGUGGAGGAGCCACACUGGUACUCGAGGAUCAGGUGGAGCCACACUGGUACUCGAGGAUCAGGUGGAGGAGCCACACUGGUACUCAAGGAUCAGGUGGAAGAGUCACACUGGUACUCGAGGAUCAGGUGGAGGAGCCACACUAGUACUCAAGGAUCAGGUGGAGGAGCCACACUGGUACUCGAGGAUCAGGUGGAGGAGCCACACUGGUACUCGAGGAUCAGGUGGAGGAGCCACACUAGUACUCAAGGGUCAGGUGGAGGAGCCACACUGGUACUCGAGGAUCAGGUGGAGCCACACUGGUACUCGAGGAUCAGGUGGAGGAGCCACACUGGUACUCAAGGAUCAGGUGGAAGAGUCACACUGGUACUCGAGGAUCAGAUGGAGGAGCCACACUGGUACUCGAGGAUCAGGUGGAGGAGCCACACUGGUACUCGAGGAUCAGGUGGAGGAGCCACACUGGUACUCGAGGAUCAGGUGGAGGAGCCACACUGGUACUCGAGGGUCAGGUGGAGGAGCCACACUGGUACUCGAGGGUCAGGUGGAGGAGGCACACUGGUACUCGAGGACAAGGUGGAGGAACCACACUGGUACUCGAGGAUCAGGUGGAGGAGCCAAACUGGUACUCAAGGAUCAAGUGGAGGAGCCACACUGGUGCUCGAGGAUUAAGCGGAGGAGCCACACUGGUACUCGAGGAUCAGAUGGAGGAGCCACACUGGUACUCGAGGAUCAGGUGGAGGAGCCACACUGGUACUCAAGUAUCAGGUGGAGGAGCCACACUGGUACUCAAGGAUCAGGUGGAGGAGCUACACUGGUACUUAAGGAUCAAGUGGAGGAGGCACACUGGCACUCAAGGGUCAGGUGGAGGAGUCACUGGUACUCAAGGAUCAGGUGGAGUUACACUGGUACUCAUGGAUCAGGUGGAGGAACCACACUGGUACUCAAGGAUCAGGUGGAGGAGUCACUGGUACUCAAGGAUCAGGUGGAGAAGCCACACUGGUACUCAAGGAUCAGGUGGAGGAGUCACACUGGUACUCAAAGAUCAGAUGGAGGAGCCACACUGGUACUCAAGGAUCAGGUGGAGCUACACUGGUACUCAAGGAUCAGGUGGAGGAGCCACACUGGUACUCAAGGAUCAGGUGGAGGAGUCACUGGUGCUCAAGGAUCAGGUGGAGGAGUCACUGGUACUCAAGGAUCAGGUGGAGGAGUCACACUGGUACUCAAGGAUCAGGUGGAGGGGUCACUGGUACUCAAGGAUCAGGUGGAGGAGCCACACUGGUACUCAAGGAUUAGGUGGAGGAGCCACACUGGUACUCAAGGAUCAGGUGGAGGAGCCACACUGGUACUCAAGGAUCAGGUGGAGGAGUCACUGGCACUCAAGGAUCAGGUGGAGGAGUCACUGGCACUCAAGGAUCAGGUGGAGGAGUCACUGGCACUCAAGGAUCAGGUGGAGGAGUCACUGGCACUCAAGGAUCAGGUGGAGGAGUCACUGGUACUCAAGGAUCAGGUGGAGGAGCGACACUGGUACUCAAGGAUUAGAUAGAGAGCUACAUUGGUACUCGAGGAAGUCCCUGAGUGUGUCCAUGGAGUACGACUCGUCAGUGGGACAGGAAGAUGUAAGUCCCUCCAGCCGUGACCAGUCAUC